AUGUCGUUGUUACGAUCAUCUCGGAAUAUCUUGCUGAAGAACCUGCCCGAAGAGCUGGUCUUACGUAUCCUCACCUUCUUGGACAUACCCGAUCUACUCGCCACGUCCCGAACCUCCCACCAACUCCGCACCCUCUCCCUCGACUCCGUCCUCCACACUCACCGCCUCCGACACUCCCACGCCCUGGUCUCAACCCUCUACCCUCUCCGCCCACAUCUCUCCACCCUGCAACCUCCCACCUCCACAAUCUACCUGACCGCCGUGCACAACCGCGCCCGCAUCCUCCACUGGUCCCUCGUCCGCGCUCGUCUGAACCGCUCUCUGAUUCGUCGGCCCGCGCUCUCCGAUCUUGUAUCCGCGAACAUCUUACCGCCGGAAUGCUGUCGUUUGGAUCGGAGAUCGGGCGAGUUUGUUUGGGGCGCUGGAUUGGCGGGUGCGUUGGUCGAGCCGAAGAGGCGGCUGGAGAGGGAGUAUUUGAAGGAAGGGUUGAGAGCGUUGUUGGAACGGAAGGUGAGGCGCAUCGGAGCGAGGCGGAAGGAGAGUGGAGGUGGAGUUGGGGUGAUGGUUUGGAGGUUUUCGAGGAAGCUGAAGCUUGGAGAGGGGAGGCGGGAGGGUGACUGCGAUCGCAGUGGUCGGGUGAGGGAUGUCGGCUUGAAGAGUGAUGGGAAGGUCAUGUCGUUGAAGAGAUUCUUCGAAGGGCGGUGUUAG